AUGCCAACCAAAAGUACCAAGCCAACCAAAAGUACCAUGCCGACCAAAAGUACCAAGCCAACCAAAAGUACCAUGAGUACCAAAAGUACCAAGCCGACCAAAAGUACCAAGCCGACCAAAAGUACCAAGCCGACCAAAAGUACCAAGCCAACCAAAAGUACCAUGAGUACCAAAAGUACCAAGCCGAACAAAAGUACCAAGCCGACCAAAAGUACCAAGCCGAACAAAAGUACCAAGCCAACCAAAAGUACCAUGCCGACCAAAAGUACCAAACCAACCACAUCUACCAAGAGGACGACCAUACCAACCGCAUCUACCAAGGGGACGUCCUUUCCAACCAAACACACAAAUGCUGAUGUAACCGUAUUCACAGAAGUUCUGAAAUCCACCCAGUAUGUCAACUGGAAACCCAAAACAUCRUUUUCGAAUGAGAAGGUGCGUGCUUAUGUGAUGAAACUGAGCUCACUUGGAAUACAAGACCCAACAUCUUUAGAGGAAGUAGCAGACAUUACAGAAGUGUUACUGAAGAAUUUAAGAUCAGAAGCGCAGUACUACAAAAACCAAAUCCUUAGCAUCUUCAAAAUCCCUAGAAAAACUAAACUAGAAGAUUUCCAUUUUCCAACAAGAGGAGAUGAAAGCUUUAAAACUGCGAGCUCGAUAUCGAAAGUGCGAACAUUUAUUACAUUGCCUUCCAAACUAUUCGCCAAUAAAGAUCGUAUUGUCGUGAGUGCUAUUUAUUUUGGUAUGAGCUCGUAUAUGUCAUCUAGGRCUUGCUUAAGCAACAACAGAUGUUAUUUCCAGUACGUUGGACCCCAGUCCACCAGAGGGUGUUCUUCCAGAAAAUGUAACCAUAAUUCUACAGCCUUCCAUGAGAUAUCAUCUCGAUCUCCUAACGAAGGACCUGCACAUUGUGUGUUUUGGGAUGUCAGUGAAAGGAAUGAUUUGGGUGGCAAAUGGUCCGACUUCGGUUGUACUUUGGUCAGGGCCAACAAAACAAUGACCAUUUGCACCUGCAACCACUUGACAAGCUUUGCUCUCUUGAUGCAAGUCAAACAAGAAAAACCGGUGGAUGAAACGCACAAACUUGCGUUAAGUCACAUCACGUAUGUUGGCUCCAGUUUCUCACUUCUUGGCGAAUUACUCACCGUAUUAGUUUACAUGACUUUAAUGAAUAUUCAGUUAGAGCAGUCUCAAAUAAGAGUUAAUCUUGCUCUGUCACUUGCCUUGGCUCAAAUCUUCUUUUUGUCAGGAAUCACCUCCACAGAAAACCAGAAUGUUUGUACGUUUGUGGCUGUUAUGAUCCAUUAUUUCUACCUGGUAGCGUUUGGCUGGAUGAUGUUUGAAGGAGUCUAUCUUUAUCUUAUGGUUGUCAAAGUUUUCAAUACUGUGGUUAGGAUGAAGUUUUAUUACGCUUUCUCAUGGGGUUUUCCAUUGGCUGUUGUCCUAACAUCUCUUGGCAUCGCUACUUCUUUUGUAAAUGGACUUCACAGUUACACACAACGAAAUUUUUGCUGGGUUUCUUUUUCUAAUGGACUAGUUUGGACGUUCGUAGCUCCAGUUCUCAUCAUUUCAUUGAUGAAUGUGGUUAUCCUUGGCCGGGUCGUACGCGAAUUGGCAACGUUAAACAAGACGAAUUCACAGAACGCAAGCUCUUACAUGCAAAGUAUAAAGGCAAGUGUGGUAUUGUUCCCCUUGCUUGGAUUGACAUGGGUGUUUGGCAUCCUCAUGUUUACAGACGCGGCUCUUAUCUUCCAGUACAUCUUUACAAUACUUAACUCUUUCCAGGGUUUUCUCAUUUUUGUGUUCCACGUCUUAAGAAGCAGAGACGUACGCGCAGCCUUUAAGAGGAAAUUUGAGCGUUGGCAAUUGACAAGAAGAGUAAACUUCGGUUGUUCGAAGUUCAAGACGGAUAUUUCAGCUAAGUACAGUAACAAGCAUCAAAUGAAAGAGUUCAAGAGUACAGAAAGUCUGCAGGAAGGCCUUAGAAGAAACAACAGAAUUUUACCGUCACCCUUGAACGAGGAAUUUGACACCAAAUCAGCAACAUCUUGUGUCACGCCUGUUGAAGACAAUAGAGACAUUAACACCAUGCAUGCUAGGGACAACAAACCUUAAACUGCAGUUGGAUGUCAGGUGUUUUCCGUCGAACUUGAUUUCCCCUCUCCCUCCCAACUUCCCCUUCCUGUGCGUGAGCACGAAGCGGCGGCUUGGUAAAAGAGCAGGCACUCUUUGAAGGAAAUAAUAUGGACACAAAUAGGUGAGAGAGAUAGCUUCUUUAGAGAGAAUCAACCGUGCUCAAAAAAAAGGAAACUUCACCAAGAAUGAAAAUUUCUCACCCCACAGCACACAAAAUAUUGUCUCACACGUAAGUUUCCCAACGAUUCUCGGCGAAUAAAUCACACUUACAAAAAUUAACGCACGAGAAUCAAAAUGGCCGAAACAUCAUUGCCUUAAGGUGA